GGAGAGAACCUGGAAAACACGAUGGCAGCCUUUCACCAUGCGGUUAAUAUAGGAACAGAUAUGUUGGAGCUAGAUUGUCACCUGACGAAAGAUGAGCAAGUGGUUGUGUCCCAUGAUGAGAACCUGAAGAGAUCAACAGGAGUUGAUGUCAACAUAUCCGACCUCAAAUACUCUGAACUUCCACCAUAUCUCUGCAAGUUGGAUGUCACAUUUCAGAAAGAAUGUCACUGUGAGGGAAAAGACAACCGUAUUCCACUCCUGAAAGAGGUGUUUGAGGCAUUUCCACAAACUCCUGUCAACAUCGACAUCAAAGUGAACAACAAUGUGUUGAUCAAAAAGGUUUCGGAGCUGGUGAGUCGGUAUAAGCGAGAGCAUUUGACGGUGUGGGGGAAUGUCAGUUAUGAGGUUGUAUCAAAGUGUCUUAAGGAGAAUGCUGACAUUCCAAUCAUCUUCUGUUUGCAACGUGUCCUCCUGCUUCUUGGCCUGUUCUACACUGGUCUGCUGCCAUUCAUUCCUUUCAAGGAAGAAUUCUUGGAAAUUCCCAUGCCUUCAAUCAUCCUCAAGCUGAAAGAACCACAGAAGAUGACAAGAAGCCAGAAAUUUAUUAUCUGGCUAGCUGACACAUUGCUAAUGCGGAAAGCACUUUUUGACCACCUCACUGCUCGGGGCAUUCAGGUGUAUAUUUGGGUCCUGAAUGAAGAACAAGAAUACAAGAGGGCAUUUGAUCUGGGAGCAACGGGAGUGAUGACAGACUAUCCAACAAAACUUAAGGAGUUUUUACACAAUUAUCCAGCAUAAAGAAAGAAAACCAAGGAAGUUCUUGCAGAAUAGAUUGUGAGCCAAGGAUUUUCUUCAUUUAAAAAAAAAAAAAAAAAAUUGAGCAGCAUACUCAGAUCAUUUUAUUUGAAAGAUGUAAUUGGAUGAUCUAUUACCUUGCUGUCAAAUUGCUACCUAAUGUAAAUGUUGUCUAUUUAUUUUAAAACUUUAAUUACAUAGUUUACAUUUGUAAAUAGCUCAUUUAGGAACAGUACACUUCAAAAAUAGUGAUAACUAGGAAGAAAGUUGCUGGAUAGGAUACCUGUAGAUAAUAAGCAUUAUUUUACCUGUCACAAGUGUUCCUAAGCAGAUGUCAGUUAUUCCAGUUAUAUUCUAGUGGGCAGAAAUGUAAGAAUUUCUGAAAGUGUACCCAGUGUGUAUGCAUUUCUUGUGCUGCUUUUAGUUUUCAGAUAACUUUGUAGGGCAAAAAAGAAAAACAAUGCACAGGAGAAAUAGAAAGCAGAGUCUGUGGCUAGCCAGAUAGUUUCGCCUGUGAAGUGUAGUCAGUAAAGGCGGUCACUUUUUU